AUGGAUUCAAAAAGCGUGCCAAGCUUGAAAGGCAGGAUCAAGAAGACCAAAGGUCAACAAAAGAUCGAGAUGAAGAAGGUGAACAAUGAGCGUUACCUUCAAGUGACGUUCUCAAAGCGUCGCACUGAGAUUUUCAAGAAAGCAAGUGAGCUUGCCCCCCUCUACAGUGUGGACCUUGCUCCCCAUCUCCCACUCUUAUCCUACAACACCAUGGACGAGCAUAAGCUCCACGCACACCUCAAUGACCUGGCCAACCGAUUAGCCAAGGAAAAGAAGCACAUAGAGGAUUUGAAUCAUUUGUUACAGGUUGCGGAGGAUCACUUUUGGUGGGCCAUACCAAUUGAAAGAAUAAACAGUGCCCAAGUCGAGAAGUAUAAGAGGCUGUUGGAGGAGCUGAAGACACAUGUCGAUGAAAAAUAUGAGAAGCUUCUCUUUGAGGGCAUUCUUACUUAUAACUCAUCAACUCAGUUUUUUUUACAGGUGGAAGCUCUUAUUCCAAUGUUAAUAGCACUUUGA